GGAAAUAAUAAUAAUAAUGGUAAUAAAAGAAUAAUACGGCUUUUUGUUUGUUUUAUCUCUCCGGAGAGAGGAGAGAGAGAGGGCAGAGAGAGAAACAGAGGAAGCAGCAAAAAAAAUGGGUAAGGUAGUGGAGAGGAAGAAGAGGAAGAAAGGGCGGCCAUCGCUGUUGGAUCUUCAAAAGCGGAAUCUCAAGGAACAACAACAAGAGCAACAACACCAACAACAUCAAUCAAAACGAAUCAACAACAACUCUUCCCCCUCAAUUUCCAACCCUAAUUACGCCUCCUCAACUCCCUUGCGCCGAUCUACUCGCCGGAAUCCCAACUCCGAAGACCUCACUCCCGAUAACCUCACUGAUGACCACCCAGAUGCUGAAUACAACCACCAAUUGGCUGGUAGCCGCCGCGAGAAGAAACUCAAGCUUGUUCUCAGAUUGCACUCCCAGAAAUCCCCAGUCAAUUCCUCGUCUCUUAAUUCUUGUGGGUCUGAUUCUAAUGCGGAGGGGGAUGGUAAUGCUGCUUCGAUUAGCAAGAAGCGGAAGAUCGGUUCGAUUGCGGAGGGAUCUAGGAUUCAAGACUCCGAGAAGGGUGAAAAGUCCAUUUCUGCUACAAACCCAUCAGAAACCCUUCAAGGGUUGCAUAUGGAUUCGGGACCCUCGACGCCUUUACCAGAUAAGAAGCUUUUAGUUUUCAUCCUCGACAGGCUUCAAAAGAAGGACGUCUAUGGUGUGUUUUCCGAACCAGUGGACCCCAAUGAGCUUCCAGACUAUCACGAAAUUAUAGAUCAUCCUAUGGAUUUUGGAACUGUGCGGGACAAGCUUACUUCUGGAGCUUAUAGCACCUUGGAACAGUUCGAAAAAGACGUUCUCUUAAUCAGUUCGAAUGCAAUGCAAUAUAAUUCACCAGAUACUAUAUAUUUUCGGCAGGCACGUACCAUACAAGAGUUGGCAAAAAAGAAUUUUAAGAACUUGAGACAAGAUAGUGAUGAUAAUGAACCAGAACCUAAAGUGGUGAGAAGAGGUAGACCACCAACCAAGAAUUUAAAGAAACCAUUAGGUAGACCUUCCUUGGAACGCGCUGGUUCAGAGUUUUCCCCAGAUGCCACUCUUGCUACUGGUGGUGAAAAUGCAAAUCGGUCCAGCGAUUUGAGGAAAGGACUUCAUCAUUUGGAAAAGCCUAGCUUUGCUGAUUUUUCUGGCAGAUUAUCCUUUUCUUCUAAUAGUGACGCUGCAUUUAAUUUGUUUAACCCGAGCAGAUUUGAUAGAAGUGAGGAUAUUACAGGUUCUGCACUGAGAUUUAAUUCAGUGAGGCAGGGAAAAAAACCUAUCGUCUCCGAGGAGAAUAGGCGUAAUACAUAUAGUCAAUUUCAGGCGGCAACUGCUUUGCUCGAGCCCGCUGUGUUGAAUACGUUUGAUAGAGAGAGGAAGGUUUUAAUGCCAGUUGGCCUUUUCUUGGAGCAUGCAUAUGCACGAAGCCUCGCUCGAUUUGCUGCAGAUCUUGGAUCUGUGGCAUGGACAGUUGCUUCUAAGAAGAUUGAAAGAUCUUUGCCUUCAGGUUCGAGUUUCGGUCCUGGAUGGGUUAUAGAAAAUGAUAUCACACCAAAGAGGGUGUUUCUACCACAAGCUGAACCCGGUAAAAUGUCGACGUUGCAGCCCUUUCUUGGGCAUGAAAGUGUGGAUCCAGAUGUAAAGCCUCUUACUAAUGAACAAAAGGGGGUUCCGUCAUCUGACAACUCUGAAGCUGAUACAUCACACAAGACGCAUGACGGGCUUUCUCGUGCCCCCAGUUCAGGUGGCCAGGUAAACAGGCCUCCAACUGAGUUUGCUGCAGCUUCGUCAUCACCAUCGAGUACUCAACAAUCUUCUGAGCAAUGCAAGGGGCAGGUGGAAACAGUUGAAGGAUCCAAUCCCAGUGGCAAUUAUAAUGUAUUGGAAAGUAGUAUUCCAAUCUCAAGGCCUUCAUUUCAUAAACACCAUAGUCCAACACUCCACCCUGGUAUGAAUGGAUUCAAUGGAGCUUAUGGUUUUGAUCUCUCUGCUCACAGGGGGAAACUAAUAGGACCGUCGGAUUCCGCUGGUGUGAAGCCUCAGUCAUCUCAAAUGCUCGAGACGAUCUCCAGGACUAAUGCUAAUUUCAUCCUUCCAGCAAUGGCAACCAAUCUGAACCCGAAAGAACCGAAAUGCCCAGAAAACAAUCCUAGUACAACAAACUCUUCCAGUUCAUUGGCUGGGUCGGGGAACGAUGGUCUAAUCAACCCUGCAGUCAGUCCACAUUUACGAUCACCUUGGCAUCAAGGAAAACCACCAGCAGAGAAAACAGAUGCAGUAGUAACAACAAUAUACAAACCGGAAUCGGUUCCUCCGGACCUGAAUGUGAGAUUUAAAUCUCCAGGAUCACCUAGCUCUAGUAAGGUGGACUCUGCUCACCCUGAUUUGGUUUUACAGCUAUGAGGAUUACUAAUUAUUAAUUAUUUUUCAACUUGUUGAUUAACCAUAGAAAUGGUGGGUUUGAGAUCUGUUGCUCUUGCCUGGAGUUACUUACAAAGGUGGAGCCUUAUCAAAUCUACCAAAUUGUGUUGUAAAAACAUUAGAAGAGGGGUCCUUGUACAGAUUUAUGUAUCCUAAUUUUUUAGCUUCAGGGAAAAAAAAAGAUAUAUGCCAUUUUCUGUC